GGCCUGGGGUGCAGAGGUUGGAGGCCGUGAUGGAGUCAGCGGUAUCCGGCUCGUGGUAGCAGAACGCCUGGCACAGCUGGCAUCGGCAUCAAGGCUCACAGUCUGUCACGUUGCCACAAUAAAAACCGCAAUUGAACUUUUUUUUACAUUAGAUAAAAAUGUUUCGGCGAAAGUUGACGGCGCUAGAUUACAUGACCCCAGAGAACUUUAAUGCUAAUGGUAAGCAGACGAGAUUCAGAUGAGAAGAGUUUCCGAGAACUCUUAGUCUGGCUUGAAGAUCAGAAAAUCCGGCAUUACAAGAUUGAGGACCGAGGGGACUUGAAGGCCAUUGAUUCCAAUGACUGGCCCACAGCAUACAAGCGUUACCUUGGUGGACUCAACUGUCCAACCAACCCUAAUGACCGUCCAGCUGUAGUGGAUUGGUUAUUGGGGCUUGCUGUGCGGUUUGAGUAUGGGGACAAUGUGGAUAAAUAUAAAACAGAGACUGCUGAGAAUGUGCGUAACAGACAACAGAGUGCUCCUAAAGUUGUCAACACUAACCCUCUUGAUGCACUAGACUUCCAAAGCCCAGAAUUUAGAGAUGGAAUAAUCCGGCUGACACAGCAGCUAAAUAUAACCCCACAUCCCGACCACCUUAUAACACUCAAGGCAAUUAGUAAACUCAUCAGUACCAGACUGUCAACAGAAGCUAUACAGAACCCUGGAGAAGUUGUUCAUCAAGGCAAAGCUUACCCGAUCUUUGAAGCUGACUUGGGCUUUGAGACUGGAGACUAUGUCCUCAACAGUGCAGGAAAGGCACUGAGGCUAAUGUAUAUUCAUGACCUGAGAGAACUUCAGACAAAAAUAAACGAGUGCAUAGUAUCAGUUCAGAACAUAACUGCAGAUCCCAAGACUGACACCAAGCUGGGAAAAGUGGGACGUUAAUGGCAGAUAACUUUACAUAUCCUCUAAGAAUUUGGCCAGACUAUGACAAACUGAAUGAUCUGACACAUACUGUAUUGGUAUUUACUAGUCAUGUCAGAGGAGAGUUUUUACUAAAGAGAUAUAUACAUAGCUAUUAAGUGUGUGGAGGUAGAAGGUUACUGACUCCCAUGCGGUAAAGUUUGACGAGUGUAACCCUAUACUACUCUGAACCAAGUCCAAGACAUAUAUGACUUAUCUUGAUGGCAAAAACUACCUUUUGGCAUGAUGUGCAUGAUGGCAUUCCCUAGUCGUUACAUAUACAAAUAUGUUGCUAUGUCUAAUUUAUUUUCCCAGUUGACACAAAGCCAGUGGUAAACUUGUUAUGCCAAAUAAACACUAAUAAACACACUGCUAUUAAACUUAGGGUGUGACAAGACAACUCAUCCAACAUUUGAAUGGGUGUACAUUGAACAUUAUUAAUGCUCAAAUUUUGUAUUGAAGCAUACAAAAUAUUUGGAAUUUGUACUCACACUUCUGUUUUGAACAAUAUAGCCAAGCUUGGACCUCUUUCAUUCUUACUCAUAUUUAGUAUCCAGUAUUUCUGUGAUAUAUGACAAAACCUUGAGACUAUAUUAAGUCUUGCUUAACAGUGAUUUGUUCAGUGGAGUAUAUCUCAUAUAUAGCCAGUGUUAUUGAGAGCAAGAUGUCUGUGCCUGCCUGAUUGUUUAUGCAGUAAGAAAUAAGGAAUUGAAAAAUAUAACUACUAUAAAA